UGUUUGGUUCUCAGGGACUUCACUGGAACAUCAGACCUUCACACUGGCAUCUCCAACACUAAAGGUGUUUGUACAGGUGUUGUGUACAACUACACACAGACUGGGGUUCACAAAGACCAGAGCGGGUGGGAGCACAGUGUCAGUAUUCCUCUGGUUCGUCCUGACAUGUUCCACCUGUUGGACCAGUGGGACAACUACCUGGACAGGUUCUCGGAUGGACCCAUGUGGGACCCUGUAUGGCACAGUUUCCAUGAGGACGACCAUAACUGCUUCAGUUUCUGUCUGAACUUCGUCAACACUGUCCUGUCAGCAGAGGGGCACAGCUCUCUGAGUAAAGACACCUUCACCUACAACUUCAUCCUCCCCAGGAUGAGGAGGGUCUCCAAGUUCACUACGCUCUACCAGCAAGUCCAGAAAGAGCAGUAUUAUGUGGUGGACAGACAUGAGGAAGGACAGGAG